AUGCCUUCUUGGUUUGUAGUAUUUUAUUGCAGCAAAUUAUGUUGUGAAUUUACUUGCAUAUGGUUACAAUUUAGACCUUGCUUGAUCCAAAUUGUUCGAGUUGUCACAGUUGUGACGAGUGAUGCAAGAACGCUGAAGGGGGGUAAGGUGAUAUUGGAAAGCAAGUUGGUUGAGAAUCAUUGUUUCAAGGAACAAGUUAUGCUCUUGCCGGGUAAACUAGCUUCACUGGAAUUGGAGAAUAUUGGUAAUGUGGAUAAUAUAGCAAUAUUGGACAUGGGUGUCCGAAAGCUCAAGGGUGAUCUCAUGGUUGUAGUGUUUCAGAACACUAAUUUACAAGCUAGUUUGGCCGUGUUGACCAAAAGAGUUCAGAAGUUUGAAGAGGAUGUGAUGUGGGUGUUGUCUGAAGAGAUAUGUAAGGUGGUUGAUAAGGUAUUUCCUGAUUUGUCAUUUUAUAAUGCAAACCAUACAUUUAAGUUAAUAUGUAUUCACUUUGUGAAGAGACAAGGUUGUGAGAUAAUGCACCAUGAACACUCUUUUGGUCUUGCUGAAGUUGGGGUAGCCUUUUAUGUCUACUCGCUUAUAGAGGAUGGAAGAAGCUUUUUCAAAUUUAUUUUGUGGGGAUUUCUUUUCGGAGUUUGGUUAUCCCGUUGA